UCCCUCUCAGCACGUUUACCAAUGACGUCGUUCCAUGGCAACAAGCCAACGCGUCUUAGCAACUGCCAGUUAGACCUGAAGAAAAAAGUCCGUGCAUUUCUGCUUGCAUCUCAUCCAGAACCAGAAUCCAGAAGGGGAAGCAGAACACAGAGAUUCUCAGGUUCUCUCCGUGGUGCGUUCACUGACCUCGGAAGCGUGGGAUGGAUGAGACCCUGAAGCCGCUGAGGAUUCCUCCUCAGAUCAGCGUCUACGCAGACAAACACAACGUGUCCCACCUGGUGGAGAGCAUGGUGACCAGCUUGGUGAUGGAGCAGCCAGAUGAUCCGAUCUCCUACCUCAUCACCUUCCUGCAGAGGCUCAGCCUGGACAGUCCCAGGGUGCUGCUGCUCGGCCCGCCUGCUGUCGGCAAACACAUGCUGGCGAAGACGCUGAGUAAUGAACUGAGAGCUGUUCACCUGACUGCUGAGAGUUUGCUGAAGGGACUCAGUGAGGAGGAAGAUUCUGCUGAGGUUCUGGUUCAACAGCUGCGACAGAGACUGAAGGAGACCGACUGCUUUCACAAGACGAUGAGAAGCAGCUUCAAUCAGGACGACAACGAUGCUGCUGCCAAAGCUACACCUGUCUGUCUGUCUGUCUGUCUGUCUGUCUGUCUGUCUGUCUGUCUGUCUGUCUGUCUGUCUGUCUGUCUGUCUGUCUGUCUGUCUGUCUGUCUGUCUGUCGUGACUCUAAAGUUUGCAGCUUUUCAGAGAUGUGUAGCUCAGAGGCUGCUGGUUGUCACAGUGCAGGUGAACUCCAGCUGUCAGUGGUUCUUCCUGAACCUGGCAGACAGCGCUGAGGAUUCACUGACACGACCAGACGGCUGGGUACUGGUUGGGAUUCCUCAGACCCGUGUCCAGGUUCUGCAGCUCCAGCGGGCCGGAAUCAUCCCAGAACACGUUGUGAUGCUGGACGCUCCGGAGGAAGUUCUGCUGCAGAGGAACCACGGGAAGCUCACUGACCCGGUCACUGGAGACAUCUACCAUCAGCUCUUCGUCCAGCCGGAGAACAACACCAUCAGACGGCGCCUGGAGAGGGGGCGGGGCCUGUCUGAUGAGCAGCUAUUGGCCAAAGUGCAGCGCUACCGCUGUGAAGUCACGGCUCUGAAAUCGGCCUAUCAGCACGUCCUGAAGGUCUUCAACGCAGACCAGCCCCCUGCUGACGUUUACCAGCAAGCUCUGACCUUCGUCCGGACCCGACGUCACUUCAGAACUCCAAGAAUAGUUCUGGUGGGCCCGUCAGGGUCCGGAAAGAGCCACCUGGCCCGGCUGCUGUCUGAGAAGUACAAACUGGUGGCCUGGUCCAGCUGGGCCAGAACCCGGGCCAGGUAUCACGCCGUGACCCAACCGGCACCCAGCUCUGAGGUCCAGGACCGGCUCCGGACGGCUCCAUACGACAGCAGUGGGGCGCUGACUCAGAGGCUGAGACAGUUCAGGCUCAACUGUGAAGGCCUGCAGACUAUUUAUCCAGAUGCUCUUCACCUGGAUGCCGACCAGGACCCACACACUGUGCUGGAGUCUCUGGAGAGCCUCCUCUACACCAACUGACACCUGGACUCACCUGGACUCACCUGGACUCACCUGGACUCACCUGGACUCACCUGGACGCACCUGGACGCACCUGGACUCACCUGGACUCACCUGGACGCACCUGGACAAGCAGCUGGAUUGAGCUGAGAACACCUGAGUUUACCUGGACUUGGUUGGGCAGAAUGAAGGAACUUGAUGUUAAAAGUUGUUUGAUUUUUAAUAAAAUCAUUGUUGUUCUGCUGA